AUGGAAUGCGCAAGCCGGGCAAUAGCAUUUUGGACCUAUCAAAUCACACAGGAAAUCUCUUAUCAGGAGUAUGUUGCCAGAAACCUCGGCGAACAGAACGACCACCUCAACACAGCGGUAGAUCAAAUCGUCCACGAUGCCAAUGCCGAAAUCCAGUCGCUGGAGAAGAAGCUUGAGGGUACGAGCAACUCCCAGCAGCCUGCUACACAUUCUGACUUGAACGGAGCGCUCACGGUCGACCACAAGACAUUGGAGCAUAAAUAUACCGAGCUUGUUGAUCUCUACCGGGAAAAAAGCAGAAAGCAUUCACAGACCCAGAAGUUAUAUGACACACUGAAGAGAAAGUGCCUUGCUGAUCAGAGCCAUGGCGUGGUCUUCAAUAACGAUGGUCAGACUCUCAGAUCCGUGAACCCUUUACCACAGCCGGCUAUGGCCCGUGCCCGGACAGAUUUGAAUGAACAAUCCGCACAGCAUCAGAGAUUCAACGAGAGAACUGAUCUUCGAGGUGGACCGUUGCGCCAGGGCCCAGAACAACUGCAUCCCCACCAGAGGUCAGGUAGCAGCGCGUAUGGUGGUGACCAGGUGGGCAUGCCGCCACCAGAAAAGUCUCGGAUGACCAAGCCACGUAUGUUUCUCCGCGCCCAACACAUUAUGCUUCUACUCACAGUUCGAAGCAAAUACCUCGAUCCCUGGCACUCCAGCGCACAGGAUAGCUUUACCUAA